UAUGAAAAAUAUAAUACUACUAACAGUUUUAGUAUUAUUCAUAACAAUUUAUUAUUUAAUUUUAGAUAACAUAAUUUUUCAAAGACAGCAGGAAAUCAUAGAACGUUGUUCAACUUCUGGACCUUCGACUUCCCAAUCAGAGAGUGUAUCGGUUGAUCAAAGUGGUUAUGAAUCUUCUGCAUCAUCGAGUGAUUCGAUCAUUCAAACUCCAUUAUACUUAUCAAAUAAUACUCCAAGGAAGCUGAAAUUGAAGACAAAACUACAAUUUGAAACACGGAAAUUUAAGGAAAUGGGUGUACAGAAUGGUUUUUUUUUACAUUGAGGACUGUUUUGUUGGGAAAUUCAGAGAUACUUAGUCAUAAUAAUAUUGUGAACAUAAUUUUUUAUAUUAUGUAUUGUUGUAUUAUUUUUACCAAUAUAUAUUUUUUAUUUUUUUAUUUAUUAUGAAUUUAUUACUAAUAUAUUUUUUUAUUCAAUAAAAUAUUAAUUUAAAUAAAUAACAUUU